AUGAAGUUACUUGCCUUUUGUAGUCGUAAAUACGCCUCUGUAUCGACCAACAGACAGGCAGCAAGUCUCUUUUUAUUUAAUGAAGUUAUUUCUAUUUUUGGUAUGUUUUGUAAAUUUUACCAUUUUUGACAGUGAUAAAGCGCUUUAAGCUAAUGCGACAUGACUUGAGCUCUAUAUAAUUUGGUAUUAUUACUAUUAUUGUCUCAGAAUUAAAAAAAACUAUCAUAACUAUAACAAAAUUCUCUAAUCUGAUUGGCUGUUAGUAGCCCCGCAUGAUUUCAGUGGUAGUAAGACAGCGUGGUGUAUAGAACAGUUAGCGUCAUGGAGUUAUUUGACAGUACGCGUCAUCGCACGCCCACUUGAACGUUGUUUGUUUUUGACACUUCUAACAAACAACUCUUGUAAGACCACGUGAUUUAAUUCAAAAGACAAUCUAAAAUUAUUACAAAUUUUGUUGUGGAUAUGAUUGAUAGGUAACAUCAUUUCGUAUCGUCUGUUUCGAUCUUUAACCCUACUCGUGAUAAAACAAAUCGGACUCCCGCAACCUGGUCGUCCGAUUUUGUUAAUCACUCUUAUGACUACAGACCGAAUUAGACUCCAAUCGGUCUUAUAAGUCUCCUCGUAAUAAAACAAAGUACGCAUGGCUACAGCAUACAGGCCGUUAUGAGCUAUCGUGGUAUAACCGGCGCUCAGUGUAACUCACAGGCAAAUUGAGUGUGCCAGUCUAACGUUAUCUGACUGUAACUAACAGAUAUUUAUCGAACAAGGAAUCGAGUAGAAAGGAUUAACUAUCUCCAAUAUAUUUUUUGAAAAAACAACUUUGUGCAAAAUUUGGUCAAGGUUCAAAGUGCAAGCUAGGCUGUUCACAGUCCCCUAUCUUUUCGUAAGAGCGUCAGGAUCUGUUUUUGAGUCAUAAGUUGAAAGUUAACCGAGUACAAGGUAUCUGGAAAUCAGGUAAAACAUCCAUUCUCGUGUUUGACGUACGGCUUCGCGAUCGAAUCGGCAUAUGAUCGGCAAUUUUAGAAGUUCAAAGUUCAAAGUUGGUAGAAAAUUUAUUAAUCAUGCCAUUCUUUCUGUUCAUUAUUAUCCUUUAUUCUGUGGUCCCUUUCAGAAUUUCAGCGUAGUAUAAGUUACGCUUGAAAGUUUCACGAAUGGUAUUAGUCACAGCCUUGAUCGCCAUGUCAUCCACUAUUAAAACUGUUUCCUAUAUCCUUUUAUUUCAAAUUGAAAUGUACACUGGCAAAGCAUUGAAUUCCAAACAGUCCAUGGGAUCAGACGAUUAAGCAAACAAAAUCAGGCCGCAAUUAAAAACAAAGAGGACAGAAGUUUCCUUUUUUAAAGAAGACAUCUUUUAACAGAGAGGAUUCAAAAUAACUGGAAUUUCAGACGGCUUAACAUAAAUAACAACGUAUCAUUUUUUUACUUUGAUACUAAAGAUUUUAAGGCUUAGAUUAUCAAUUUAGUAAACAAUUUAUCGAAUUUCAGACUGCUUCCUGGGAUGUCACAGGUCGACAUUAUUCAGUUCACAGUACACUACUGUUUCUAGAACAAACGCAAAGACAACUGUGACUGUCCACGCGUAUUUUAUAAUUUCAAACAAUAAUGACCAUCAGACAAAGGGAGCGAUUGUAAUAUUGUAAUUUUUUUUCCCACGAAACUUUUAUAAUAGUUCUUAAGGACUCGUUAAAAUGUGUCCGUUCGUUCUGGAAGUGUUGGUUUUUGAGGAGAGGGGAAAACCGGAGUACCCGGAGAAAACCCUCUCGGAGCAAAGCAGAGAACCAACAACAAACUCAACCCACAUAUGGCGUUGACCCUGGGCCGGCCACAAUGGUCGGAGGAGAGUACACAACUCUGCGCCACCCUUGCUUCCCAAAGAGAAAUUCGACUUUAUAAUAACAGAUCACUACCACCGAAAAAUCAGGGCUGCCUGUAGCCAUAGGAAAACUCCUGGCGAAGGCAUACAUUUUCGAAAGGCACAUACAGAAAAGAAACUUUGGCAUUUGCGCUACCCUCAGUUUCCUCGAAAUUUACCUUUAUAAUAGCAGACCACUGUUAUUAAAUUUCCGAGUGGAGACAUACAUUUUCGAGAAGCACACACACAAAAAAUUUCGGAUGCCUCUAUACUACUCCGAGCCUGACCAUGUAUUGUUUCAACAAGAAUCCGAACAGAUUACACAUCAUCAUCAUCAUCAUCACCGUCACUAUCGUAGUAGUUGUUAUCCCAAUCACAGUGAUGUGGUCCGUAAUUUUCUCCUUAAUUGUUUUUUUUAAGAGACAUCCCUCAAUCACAAUCAAGUUAGACGUUUACUCUGGCACUUGAGUCAGCUUCGGUUUGUGUUUUAUACUUAUGUAGUAACAAAAAAUGCAAGUAAAAGGCUAUCUUUUGCUAUAAUUUUGCUUAAGCUCUACGUUCGUCCGUCAGCCAGACGUCCUGAAGACGAAAUCCAAAACAGAUAGGGCAGGAAAAACCCAGCGGAGGCUAUGAACAGAGAAUUGUAAUUAAAAAGGACGAUAAAUUUGGAAAUCGAGAAUCAAGAUGAAACUUGUUUCCAGGAUGCAUAAAUAAUGGGUCUUUGCCUCGGAGUUAAUAUGUACUGUUUAAAAAAUGAGCCAGAAACUCGAUGAGAAGCCGAGCGAUUUUAAACCUGAUAAUACAAGACUGCGAGUUUUUUGAACGGCUUCAGAAUCUCUGUCAUAGAUCAACUCAUUCUUGCACUAAUAUUAAGAUUUUGGCUUAUUUUGGUCUAAAAAAUUGAACGUAAAGUUUAACCAUGUCUUUGUCAGAUAUAAAGACACUCAGUAAACUUAAAUUUUUUUGUUUUUCUUUAUGAAUUAUUAAUGAGUUUUUAAAUGUUAUUAAGUAAACACCGCAGCGUUUGAUGUCCUUAAAAUAGAUCGAAGUUCUUUAGGCGAGAGAAACAUAGCACGCUAACCAAGAGACCUUUCUGCAAACUUCGAUAGGUGUUAGUAAAUACGACAUGUAGUAAGAUGAUAGCUACACAAGCUGAAAAUUAAUGAACCGAUUUUUGUCCUUCCUUAGUUAAAGGAGUCCUUAUUUUGUCUACCUUACUUCCCUUUCAUUAACCCUGAUCAUCUCGGAUUAUUAUAUGUUUCUGGGAAUCUGCCCACCUACCCCUUCCCUAGGCCAACAUUUUGCCCUAAGUGAGAAGUACGUGCUAAUGUAGACGGCAGUCCGUAUUUUUCCGUAUUCAAGUACGCGCGAGCAGUCAAACAAAAGGUCCGGAACGAGGCUGAAAACAAAGAACGAGACUGGGAAGAGACGCUAAAAGCGUGUGAUGGAGCCUAGCGCGUUUCGCGCGCGUAAGACUCUUACGCCACGCUUUACCGGUUUCUGUACUGAUUUUGAAAAAAAAAAACUGUUUUGCAGUCUAGGGCUAGUGUUGGCUUAGGGGAGGGUAGAUGGGCAGAUUCCCCAUGAUCCCCAUGCCUACUUUUACAACAUUAGCUGAGAGAACUGUUCUCUUAAGUGAUCAUUUUAUUAAUUCUUAUAACCUUUUCCCUUUAUAAUGUACUGAUGUUGUUAGUAGAAAAUAUAUGAUGGUACCUCCUUGGAUUUGAAAGGUUAAUAGCAAUUUUACCAUUGUUUUAACAGUCAUACGGGCCAAAGUUCUUUCUAAGUCAACUGAGGAGCCAUUACUCACAGAGUCACCAGAGACAGCCGUCUUAGAAAAAAUCCCAGUUGAGUUUAUUCAAGAACAAGUAUACACAUUAAGAAUACUCAAAAUUUACAAAGGAGCCAUGGACGUCAAAGAGACGAACGGUGCUCAAGUUUACGGAUCAAGAAGACGGACGUGGCUUGCUAAGCUCUACACCACGCCAAACGCUUCUUCAUGCAACGUUCCCCUGCGUAACAACACCGUGUACCUUCUGACGGGUCAAAUACUCAACAAAAAGCUGAGGACUGGCAGUUGUAAUUGGCGGACAGAAUGGUCAGAAAUCACACGCAAGCAACGUGCGGGAAUCCGACGUUUUUACGGUGAAAACUGCAUGUGCCAGGUCGGUUUGUGUUUUGGUAGUAACUGCAGCAAAAUGUUACAGGGCUGUCACAAGGUGGAUUGGCGUGCGCCGAUGAAGGAAACUUGUAAGAGCAAGAACUCCUACUGCGUUAGGGACUGGGGAGGAAACGCAUGCGCUUGGCGGAUAACCAGCGAGUACAAGAAGUGUUUGAAAAGAAUCCCGUGAGCUACUGAGAUUGUAUUGAUUUUUGAACUUGCAUUAACACUGCGUUUUUUCACUGUACAAAACACGCGGUAGGACAUGCUUUUUCACAUAAUAUUCUUGCGAAAUGGUUUUAAUUCCACUUGAAAUAAACAAAGAUGGUUUCGAGACAAAAAGCUAGCUACAGUAGUACGCUUGGUAAUUGUAAGUGGUGAGAGUAAUCCAACAGUACGUUAAAGAACUCUACCGCGAAAUCGAAUGUCUAAAUCUCAUAAAAGCAAUAGUAAAAGCACACAUGAAAGGACUUCCAAGGGUCACCUUAUUGCUGGUAUCCAGGAACCCACAACACGGAGCGAGCAACUCCCAUACUAGGCCUAUGUCAAGGCGUUUUUACAGACCAGUUUAUUUUUAACCGCAUUUUAGGGCACUUUUUCCCGGAAAAAUAGAAUCUCCACCAUGUCUAUUAGCGUAUUCAAAGUAUUAGAUAUCAAAAGGGAAAACUAAACGUUAUUAAAAGGCAAAAAAUAUCAUUUUUAGGUCUGCAGAAUUUGCUGACUGGUUUGUGGAGUUUAGAAGAUAUUCAAAAUUCGCGCCAAAACCGUUCUAAAAAUAAACUGGUCCGUACAAACGCCGUGACACGAGCGCAUGGAAGUUGCUCGCUCAAUCUCAAUAACAACCCGUCUAGCUAAAAUUUGCAAGCUUGAGGGGGGCGCUUAGAUAUUUUUGACGGAAAAAAAAAAACUUUGUUUAUUGUCAUGUGACCUCGAAAAAGCCAAUUAGAGCGCGCGCUUUCAGAAAAAAGCUGUAUACACAGUAACCAGAUGACAGUAAGAGUAACAUUUGCUGGACGAGUAGGUUAUAAUACGCGUAUCAAACAAUCUUAACCUCAAGCGUGUCAUCAUUGCACGAUAAGUGGCGUGAGAAGUCAGGAUGCUUUUUAACGUUUAUGUGUCCCUACAUCUUUUUAAGUCCUUACAUUGAAAAAUAUAUUCUCGAUUGAUGUUCAAAUAAACUGCCGGUUGCAAUAAACGCCGAGUCCACCAAACCAAGAUCGAGAAUGAGGUGUUUAAGUAAAAAUAGUUAUUGUAUGUGCUUUAAACAACAUGUUAUACAUAGUUGAUACUAUCAGGGGCACCCAACGGCAAUUUUCGGGAAAAUAUCUGUUCGGAAGACGAUUUGAGAACUAGAAUUUUCGGAACCUUUGUUGUAAAAUUUCUUGCUUGCCUGCCUCUC